AUGACGGCAUUUAAACUCAUGAGAGCUUCUAGAAAAGGCUUCCAAAUGAUUAGGAGUUUUAAAAUCGACUCAGUGCGUCUUUUCAGCAUUAAAGUCGGACCAAAAUUGGAUAACUUGGAAGAUGUGAAAAACAGCUUUGCCUAUCCAACAUGGGACAUUAAACAGUAUAUUGCAAGCGGAGAGGACAUAGAAAGACAGAAGCCCAGUGAGGAAGUCAUCACAAAGCUUUUAAAGUUGUCGGGGUUGCCCUUGCAAAAUCUCGAUGAGUUUAGAGAGAAGUUAGGCGAGCAAUUGGCAUUUUUGAACAAGCUUCACGGUGUGGAGGUUGAGGAGGACGUUGACGCAAGCCACGCGAGGCUCGUAGAAAGAUGUACUGAGCCGAUUGGGUUUGGCAGUCUUGUUCAGAAACUAGAAGUGGAACAGAAAAAGGACGUCAAUUUGGGAGAAAUUAGUGGGUCAUGGAACUGCGUGGGUAACGCAGAUAUAGAAAAAGAUGGAUUCUUUGUACUCAGAAAUGAGAGUGCGAAGAAUUCAGGCUGA